AGCAUGUAUUUCCCAUCUAAUUAUCUAGGUAACCAGUUCAAUUUAUUUAUCUGCGCGAUUUUAGGCGAUUGAUCGAUUCAGCUUCAGAGGAUUUGGAGCGAGGAAAAACCUGACGGCUGACGGUUUGAAAAACACGUUUGCAGUGAGAAUAGUUGAAAGCAUGCUCUCACGGCAAAUCAGAAUGACACUGAAAAGGAUCGCGUACAGUGUACGGCCGAGCUGCCAGCUGGUCUUGAUUGUUCUGGGCGUGCUCACUGUCGUCUGGGUGCUGAUUCUGCUACAGAGGCCCCUGGAGGACAUGGCGUCCACCAAGAACAAACGCAUAGAAGUGCCAAGACCCAAGGAAUAUGCUACCAAGAAAGCGUAUGAAACCGAUAUAGAGAUUGUUUACAAACAAGGAUUCCUAGGGUACAACACAUCAAGGAUCCCAGCCCUGGUUUAUCAUCAGGGCUACUUCCUAGCAUUCUGUGAGGCUAGAAAGGAAACCUUCAGGGACAUUGGAAGCAUGGACCUGGUGGUGCGACGAGGCAGGAGGUUGGAUUGGAAGGUGCAGUGGGGAGAGGUCAUAGUAGUCGUCACUAAACCAGGUUACAGGGUAAUGAACCCUUGUCCAAUCGUAGACAAGGACCUGGAAGCUAUUGUUUUAGUCUUCAUAGCCAUCCCAGCUCAUCUGAGUCAGUGGACGAUGGUGGAAGAUGGCUUCAUACAACAACAGGUCAUGGUUACAAGGAGUUUUGAUAAUGGGUUGACGUGGACCUAUCCCCGUGACAUCACAGCCAGCACCUUAGGCAAGAUGCGUAUCCCGCCGGGAAUCUACGCCCCAGGUCCCGGUCAUGGCAUCCAGACCUCAUCAGGGAAACUCGUCAUUCCAGGCAACUAUUUUGUGAAAGACAAGUUCGGCUCAAUGCUCAAGUUUGAGGAAAAUAUCUAUGACAACGCAAAUUACGCCAAUGUGAUAUACAGCAGCGACGGUGGCGUGUCGUGGCACCUAGGGGGCAGUAUACCGUACGGAACGGACGCGUCUGGCUGGACCAUUCACAGUAACGAGGCUAUGGUUGUUGAAAUGCAAGAGGGAGUGCUCAUGCUGAACACCCGAACCCUUCAUCCCGACUUACCCAGAGUUCAAUCCUGGAGCAGAAACGAGGGCCAUUCCUUCUCCUCAGGAAAACUAGUACCUGAACUCAUCGAGCCCGGGUAUAAGUUGGUUAACAAUGAAACGCAGUCAUCUAAAGCGGCAGGGUGCCAGGCUAGCCUAAUAGGCUUCCCAGCACCCCACCACAUCAGUAAGCACAAGACCUGGUUAGCCUUCUCCAAUCCCGCCUCCAUGUUCCGUGAGCACAUGUCGGUCCGUCUAAGCAGGGACGGAGGCCGGACCUACACCAACCCCUGGACGAUAUACGAUCUCCCCGCCGCCUACUCAGACCUGACGUAUUUUGAGACGCUGGACCGGGAGACGGGUCUGAAGCUGCAGAACUUUGCCAUCCUCUUUGAAGGAGGCAUGGACACUCCCUACGAGAAGAUCAUGUUUAAAAUGUUCAACCUGGACGCCUUGCUGUCCAGGGUGCCAAGGACUAUCAGACGACAUCGGACUGCUGCCGGUAGUGACUGAGAAUUGCUUUUUCACUUUAAGUUUUGAAUUUGUUAAGUUGGUCACAUAUUGAGGAAAGUGUUCUGUCAAGUCCAUCACGAGAAGAUCAUGUUUAAAAUGUUCAACCUGGACGCCUUGCUGUCCAGGGUACCAAGGACUAUCAGUUGACUUCGGACUGCUGCAACUUGUGACUGAGAAUUUUUUUUUUUUUUUAGUUUUGAGUUUGUUAAGUUAGUCACAUGUUGAGGAAAGUGUUCUGUCAAGUCCAUCACGAGAAGAUCAUGUUUAAAAUGUUCAACCUGGACGCCUUGGUGUCCAGGGUACCAAGGACUAUCAGUUGACUUCGGACUGCUGCAACUUGUGACUGAGAAUUUUUUUUUUUUUAAUUUGAGUUUGGAAUUUGUUAAGUUGGUCACAUAGUGAGGAAAGUGUUUUGUCAAGUCCAUCACAAGUCCUCCAGUCCUAAGUCAAGUCACCAAGCUAUUCAAAUGAACUGUAAACAUUGCACGGCCUUGUUACAGUUUGUCCGCUGCUAAUUUUGACAAGACUGGGGAAUAGACCUGUGAUUUAUUUGUGGCCGAAUUUGCGCUGGACGUUUGAUGACAUUUUGAUGGACUUGUGAUGGACUUGAAAACGGCACCGACUCAAGUUGCUAGUGGGUUAAUUUUAUUCGCCAAAGAACAAAUCCAUAAGGUGUUGCAAUCAAGUAUGAGACUCUUGUGUUCGUGAGAUAAUUUUCUGACCAGGGGCACAGAUUUGGUCAAGUUGAAGGCAUCUACUUAUUGACAAGAUUGAUAUUGUCAAAUGGAAUCGCAGCUAAGGCACCUUGGAUGAUCUGUGAGAGUGGAUGGUACUGUAGUGCUGUGCGUUUUCGAAUAAUUUUGUAUGUGCAUUCGAUUAUUCUAACAUGGAUUUGAUCGAAUAUUCAAAUAUUCGAAAUGGGCGUAUCAAGUUUUACCGGAGCCAGCCAAAACUGACCGCCAAUCGUGAUCUGUGUGUGCUGCACUUGUCAAAAAUUGGCAAAGAGCGUUAAAACAAUAUAAAGAACAUCAUGGCUGUAUCAAAAUAUUUUUUUUUUUGAGAUAAAGGAAUGGCUGAUGUUUGACAGAUUUUACAGAGGAAUUUUGAGCCAAUGUUCCUCACGGAAGCGCCCAAAUGAUGCAUGUAGUCUGGCUUUUGACAAAAGUGUGGCAUUUGACAGUGAAACCAUGUAACAUUACUAAAUUAUUGUGGACGUUUUUCAUCAUUUCUUCGAGAGACCACUCGCAUUUUUUUGAAAAAUCUGAAUUGAAAAAAAAAAAAGCUAUUGGGAUAUUCGGUGGAUGAUUGAAUAUUCAGUAUAUCAGGCACAGAGCCCUAUGGUGCUGUUGGAUCUCACAUGAGCCUGUCAGUGCACUACUUCGCACACAUGAACCAAGUCUCAUCUCUGCCUGCACAACCAUGUAGCAUCUUUACAUGAAAAAUGUAUUUCCACAUCUUCAGGUGGAACACGCCUGAUGAGUCUCGGGGCUUUGCCCACUGGUUUUCAUAACCUUUGCUCAUGAGUCACAUAUUGCACUAGCUGUUGAUGUCAUAAGUUUGCAUAGUCCAUUCGCAAAGCCGCCUUGUCCAACUCUUUGCACCGUGUUUGCCACACCACACGCAAUUAACCUUUUUGAGAUAUCGCGGACGCAAUAGGAUGGGGCUUAAUUUGUAGUGGCUUAAUUUGGGUAAAUACAAAAGAUUUUACCCAGACCAAAUGACGCUUUUAUUGUGUACACCAUAUCUCAAACAGGCUAACUGAAUCGAGCACGGCAGUAACUCGGCUAUAACAUGGUGGUUGCUAGAUGGCAUAAUUAGUGAAAUUGGCAAGUCAAACAUUUGUUUUUUGUGAGACUCUAGUGUCGCUGUGGAAAUGCUUACCGCCAUUAGUUUUGUAUUAUUUUAAAGCUUGGAAUCGUAACUUUAUCCCUGGUAAGUAUUGGUUUUAUUUUCA